AUGGUUGUUGGGGGAAAGGGUAACCUCUUGACAGUGGAGGACCCUGCGACCCAUAAACGGAGGGAGGUGUUUGACGCUAUGGGUGGAGCUGCCGUGGCGGCUUUGGGGUUUGGUGAUGAAGAAAUUGAAGCUGAAAUGGCUGUGGCCGCUAAGGAGUGCUCCUACUCUUACUUGGGGUACAUGACCAACUACUGGGCUGAGGAGUUGGCUAAGUUCUACAUUGAAAAGUCACCCAAGGGAGCUUUUGCAGCUGCGCUUUUCACCUGUUCGGGCUCUGAGUCUAAUGAAAACGGUAUGAAGACCGUUCGCCAGUACUGGCUCGAGAGAGGACAGCCCCAGAAGACGGUGUUCAUCUCCAGAAAGCAGUCUUACCAUGGUUUCACCAUUGGCGCUCUUUCUCUCAGUGAGUCUAUCAGAAAGGAUAGCUUCAGGCCUAUUACUUUGCCUGAGGAACAGACUCCAAAGGUUUCUUGCGUUUAUCCAUACAGAGAGAUGAAGGAUGGAGAGACCCUUGACGAUUAUUGCCAGAGACUCUUGCAGGAGCUCGAGGAUAAGAUCGUUGAGGUUGGACCAGAGAAGGUAGGUGCUUUCAUGUGUGAAACACUUACUGGCUCGACUUAUGGAACCUCACCUUCUAUUCCUGGCUACUUGCAAGGCGUUCGUAAGAUCUGUGACAAGUACGAUAUUCUUUUCUGGCUCGACGAGGUUAUGUGUGGUACAGGCCGUGCUAGUGCUACUGGCGGUCUCAACUGCUGGGAAUCAUGGCCAGAUUUCAAAGGCCCCGACUUGCAGCUGGUAGGUAAGACCUUGGGCAGUGGAUAUGUCAGUGUGGCUGGUCUUUUGGUUUCUCCUAAGGUGAGACAAGCAUUUGUUGAAGGCUCUAACUACAUUCCUGGCGGCCAGACAUACCAUCAGCACGCAUUCAACUGCCGCGUGGCUUUGGCUGUUCAGAAGAAGAUUGACAGAUUGGGCUUGAGAAAGAAUGUUUAUGAGAUGGGCAAUAAGAUGGGCGAGAAGCUCAAGGAGUUGGCUGAGACUACUGAGAUUGUUGGUGACGUUAGAGGUCUUGGUGGGUUCUGGUCGCUUGAACUUGUUAAGAAUAAGAAGACCAAGGAACCUUUCCCUUCCAAGUUGGGUUUAGGUGCAAAGACCACCGCUAAGCUUUUUGCCAAUGGCAUGACAAGCAUGGGUCUUGGAGGAACCGCUGGAAACGGUCAAGGCGACCACAUUUCCGUUGCUCCAUCAUACAUUAUCACCGAGAAGGAUGCCUACUAUAUCGCUGAGAUGUUGAUCAAAACGGUGAAGGAGAUGGAGGAGGAAUUGCGUGCUUCUGGUGAGCUCUAA